GGCUCUAAAACCAAAGCUGUUUCUGUCUGCAGCUGCUGCUCAGGCCGAUGAUGCGGCAGAGAGAUGGAGGCGCCUGAGUACCUGGACCUGGAUGAGAUCGACUUCUCCGACGAUUCGGUGUAUUCUGUCACAUCUCUGAAGAACAUUCCAGAACUGUCCAGAAGGAGCGAUGGCCCAGCAGAGGAGAGACCCGCUCCGGCCAUCAACUGGAGUCGAGGAGUCCCCUCCCACGGCGGAGGAGGAAUCAAACCGGCGGGACUCGCUGAGGUCCACAGUAAGUUCCGUCCGGUGAAGAGGGUGUCCCCCCUGAAGCACCAGCCAGAGGCCACAGACUCGGACUCGGACGGUAAGGUCCAGAACGCGGGGCUGGUUCUGGGGGAGCAGAAUGAGGUCGGUAAGGAUGACUCCAGGUCUGAGAAACCCACCAACGCCUCCACGCCGCCCGACGGGUCCGGAGGGAAGGCCAAGGGCCUGGUGGGGGGGAGCAACCCUCAGGCUCUGUUUGGAGAGCUGGAGCACUACGAUCUGGACAUGGACGAGAUCCUGGACGUGCCUUACAUCAAGUCCAGUCAGCAGAUGUCCACGCUGCCUCGGGUCCCUCACGACCGGCGCUCAGCGGCGGGGAGUAACGCGGGAGGAGGAACCCUGGAGAGGAACCGAGGACUGAAGAGCUCGGCUCUGAGCCACGGCGAAGCUCUGAGCAGCAGCUCCCAGACUCCGUACUGCGUUCUGUCUCCGGUGAAGUGGUCGGACCUGCGGAAAUCCAAGUCCAUGGAUCCGGACCUCCACCACCUCCACCGCUCCCCGGGUGGAGGAGGUUACCAGGCGGAGCUUCCCUCCUCUGGCCUCCUCAGCUGCUCCUCCUCCAUCUCCUCCUUCUCUGAUGCAGACAAGCUCCUGUCGGCCCGAGUCUUCCCGGACUCCCAGAGCCAGCGGCUGGGGGGGGAUCCCCCCGCGUUCCCACCACCGGGGGGCAAACAGGACGCCUCCAAAGCCUGGGCUCCUGGAGGAGGCGGGGUCAGCCUGAGGGGCUUUGGAGGCGCAGGAGGGGAGGUGGACGAGGAGACCAAGAAGAACCAGAACAUCAUCAACAUCGUCAGAGAAGGACAGAUCUCCCUGCUGCCUCACCUCGCUGCCGACAACCUGGAGCUGAUCAGAGACGAGGACGCCAACAACCUGCUGCACGUGGCCGCCUCUCAGGGUCACGCCGACUGCCUGCAACACCUCACCUCCCUGAUGGGGGAGGACGGCCUCAACGAGCGGAACAGCCAGCAGCUCACCCCCGCCGGGCUGGGGGUCAAGAACGGCCACCUGGAGUGUGUGAGGUGGAUGGUGAGCGAGACGGAGGCCAUCGCCGAGCUGAGCUGCAGCAGAGAACAUCCCAGCCUGAUCCAUUACGCCGCCCGCUACGGACAGGAGAAGGUUCUGCUGUGGCUGCUUCAGUUCAUGCAGGAGCAGGCCAUCUCCCUGGAUGAGGUGGACCAGAACGGGAACACGGCCGUCCACGUCGCUGCGCAGUACGGACACCUCACCUGCAUCCAGACUCUGGUGGAGUACGGCUCCAACGUGACGACCCAGAAUCAGCAUGGCGAGCGGCCCUCCCAGAGCGCCGAGCGGCAGGGCCACACCACCUGCGCCCGCUACCUGGUGGUGGUGGAGACCUGCAUGUCUCUGGCCUCGCAGGUCGUCAAGCUCACCAAGCAGCUAAACGAGCAGGCGGCGGAGAGGAUCAACCUGCAGAAACAUCUGCAGAGGCUGAUGGAGCCCAGCAAGGCCGACGGGACGCCUUCCAGGUCACCAAGUUCCCAUCAGCCCCUGGUGGAGGCGUGUCCAGAGAUGAUGCUGACGGCGGAGGGGACCCCAGGAGACGGACACUGGCUGCUCCGGCAGGGAGGGGUGGUGCCGGACUCCACCCUGCGGCAGCUUCUGGGGAAAGAGGCUCCGGACGGCCUCUGUUCUAGAGAGAGACUUCCUCCUGGGGCCAGCCUGGGCAGAGAGGCCCCUGGGGGCCACAGAACAGGGCUGCUGGAGAGGAGGGAGCUGAAACUGGCCAGACUGAAGCAGAUCAUGCAGCGCUCUCUGAGCGAGUCCGAUUCAGAGGGUUAUCCAGCGGAGGACGGGAAAAAUCAGGGAGCCCCGCCCCCCAGUUCUCUGCGCCCCGAUAGGCCGUCCCACCUGCCAAUCACAGAGCAGGAGCCCGCAUCGAACCACCUCCAUCAGGUAAUGAGGAAGCACCUCCCCUCGUCCUCCUCGGCUGAGAGGAAGCUGGCCUUCUCUCUCAGCGGGUCCAAGUCUGUGGACAGCAUCGGCUACAACCCCUCCCCCACGUCCAGCGAUCCCGACGCCGCCGACGGGAAAACUCCAGAAACCCCCGCCGACGGCCAGAAGGCGGCAACCAGCCCCAAGAGCGCCCUGAAGUCCCCGUCGUCCCGCAGGAAGACCUCCCAGAACCUCAAACUGAGGGUCACCUUCGACGAGCAGGUCCACAGGAGCUCCAAUCAGGAGCCGGAGCCCGGAAAGGGCCCUCAGGGGAAGGAGAGGACUCCGACCGCCAGCUCGGAGAGCCGCAGGCCGUUCGGGGCCUUCCGCUCCAUCAUGGAGACCCUGAGCGGAAACUCCAACCACAGCAACAACAACAGCAGCGGCGGCCAGGCAGGCCCCGCCCACCAGAACUCACCCGGCAGGAAGUCUGACAGUAAAACAGGCGCCGGGGGCGGAGCCAAGGCCAAGAGCAAAGUCAGCAACGUUUGACAGGAAGCGGCUGCUGAUGAGCUCAGAGCGCCGCAGGAGGCAGAGAACAUGAGAACCGUAGAGGAUCAAUAUUCCUUCUUUCUAUGAUAGAAACCAAAACAUCAACCUUCCUUCGUUUUAGCCCAGAAUAAACGGAUCCGCUGAUUUUUCUGGAUUAUUUCAAUCCAGCUUUAAUUUUCUGACAUGUUGAGGCCCCGGGGCCCCUGCUGCAGCGUCAGAGUCAGGAAGGGUUCAGUGGAUCUGGUCCCUAAACCGCUCCGUGCCUUAAAGAUCCAUGAGAACAUUUCUAGGACCAGGAACCUGCAGGUAGAUGAUGAAGUCUCCAGGUGUUUCUGAUCAGCGCCGCUGGUCAGUCUUUAUUGUUUAUAUAACUUAAAUAAUAACGAGUGCGGCAGCAGCUGUUCCAGGAUCAUUCAGAUCGUUCUGGUGUUGAUUUAGGAUCAAACCCUUUCUGGAUCUUUGAAGCUAACAGGUUUAACUCCUCCUAGCCAGUAGGCGGCGCAACCUCUCGCUCUCGUUCUGUACCGUUUGCCAACCGGUUGCUAAUGUUAACCACAGCUAAUGCUUGGUUGCUAAUGCUUGGAUCUACCCGGUACAUCCCAGGAGCACCAUCCGUACCAUCAGCUCAUUUGCGCGUCCAGAUAUGAAUCCAGGUUAACAAGAAUAAUGUAAUUAUGGUACAAAAAUGAGUUCUUUCUAUUCUUAAAUCAUUAAAGAAUGCUAAAGGGCUCAGUAUACUCCUGCAGCAGUGUGUUGCAGUUAGCUUGUUGCAGGUAUGACGCAGAUAUUCUUGAUUUAUGCCAGAUUUUGAGGCGUGGUGACAGCGUGUCUACAAGCAUCCCCAAAGACUGUCCGUGGCGUCGCGUGUUUUGACUUCAGGUUCAAACCAACAGACGGUCGCAAAAGACCGAGCUACAAACUAGCUAACUGCAGUGGAUCAAGUUAAACUAGCUAACUGGGAUAGUGUCCGAGUUUCUGCCAUAAUCCACACAAACCAUGUAGGACAAGAUCGCGGCUGACUACUGGAGAUUGUGGAACUUUCCAAAUUGUUUUUGGAAGUAUCGAUUGCAAACACGUUGUUUUCCACAAUGGCGGUCAUACGAACAAAACAAACCGGUAAGGUACCAAACAGGAAUUACGCAUAGUGUAGAGCGGAUGUAGAAUUGACCAAUCAGAGGCCUCCUUUCUCUCCUUUUUGAUGCUUUUUACAUUUUUUCCAUUAAACAGCUUCUCUGACAUCAUCAGAGCAGUCUGAGAAAAUCUGAUACAACCAUGUUCAUCUGCAUUUUAGCUGUUUCUAACUUUAGAUUACGCACUAUAUACCAUAAUGUUAACACGAAAGAUAAGCGUAAAACUCAAAAAGACUAGAUUUAUGUUUAAAUCCGGAAAAGUUAGCUCUCAGAAGUAGCGUAGGAUCCCAU